UGUUGGUUUCAUUUCAUCCUCUGCACGUCCGCCGUAUGCAUGUGCAGCUCUCUCUGCACUGGCGCUGUCGUCGAUUUAAAGUAUCACCUCAUCGCUUGGUAAAACGGAAGCGAAGAAAUGGGAAGAACCGUCUAAAGGCAGGCACUGAUCCGCUCUUACAUUUCCUUUCCAGGUGAAAGAUUCCACAUGCUCAGGCUGCACUGGAAAAAAAAAGAUUUUUUUGCUGCAGUUGAAGAAGUUGCAUCCCCAAUUGCCAUGUGGGGAGGUUACGCUUGCGCAUCAAUCACAUCGCAUCCGUUCCGACACCCACCUGGGCGGGCGGCGUCUUCUUGCUCCUCUCUUCCUCCUGUUGACGAAUUGCAUGCCGCUCUCCUUGUCUUUAAAGAGCCGGCCAGUCAGCUCGUGAAGCUUGCGAUCGAGGCGCAAGCUCUCUGUUCGUUGGCCCUAGCUAGGAAGCCGCCGCCGGCGGCGCUGUUGAGCUGCAAGAGAGUUGAGAGUGAUCCGGAGCUCACUUGCGUCAUUGAUGAAUGCCGAAGCUAUAGAAGUCCCUGCUCGUUCCGAGGUUCGUAGGAUUCAUCCGUGACCGUUCGAUGCCCCGGUCGCCCGGAUGGCAUUGCCAACCCCGGUGGUAGCUGGCAUUGCGGCCGGCGCCGCCGCGUUGCUGCUGGCGGCAGUCCUGGUCGCGGCGUGGCUCGUCCGGCGGCGGCGCAGGGCACGGCGUGACCAGAGCUCCGACACCGGCUCGUCCGAGGCUCCUCCCACGCUGGCUGAGUGGGGCCGGUUCGGCCGGACCUCGUCGGCGCCGGAGUUCCACGGCGCCAGGCAGUUCUCGCUGGAGGAGCUGGCGCACGCCACCAAGAACUUCGCCGAGGCCAACCUGGUGGCCGCCGGGAGCUUCGGGAUGGUGUACAAGGGUCUGCUUCUCGACGGCACCGUUGUCGCCAUCAAGCGCCGCGCCGGCGCGCCGCGGCAGGACUUCGCCGACGAGGUCAGGAGGCUAUCAGAGAUCUGGCACCGCAAUGUCGUGACGCUGAUCGGGUACUGCCAAGAAGGGGGUCUACAGAUGCUGGUGUUCGAGUACCUGCCCAACGGCAGUGUGAGCGGCCAUUUGUACGACACUGGCAAGGAGUCCAUGACAAGGCUGGAGUUCAAGCAGAGGCUCUCCAUAGCCAUUGGAGCAGCUAAAGGUCUGAAUCACCUGCACACCCUGGCGCCUCCGUUGAUCCACAGGGAUUUCAAGACGAGCAACGUCCUGGUCGACGAGAACUUCAUCGCGAAGGUGUCUGACGCCGGAAUCGACAGGCUGCUGCGAGGGUUCGAAGGCGCCGCUCCGCCGAAUGUCAGCGUCUACCAAGAUACAGAGGUGCAUUCAUUGGCCCAGCUUUCAGAAAGCAGCGACGUAUACAGCUUUGGUGUUUUUCUUCUGGAGCUGAUCACUGGCAGGGAAGCUGCCGGCCUAAUUCCACCAGAAUCCAAGGAACCUCUUGCUCAUUGGAUGGAGGCACAUUUCAGCUCGAACGAGCUGAUCGACCCCAGGCUGGGAGGGAGCUUCACAUCGGAGGGCAUGACGGAGCUGGUGGGCCUGGCAUUCCAGUGCCUGAGCCCCUCGGCGAGGCGGCGGCCCAGGAUGCGGCUGGUGGCGGCGGAGCUGGACCGGAUCCUGGAGAAGGAGAUGACCCUGACCACCGUCAUGGGCGACGGCACCGCCAUCGUCACGCUCGGCAGCCAGCUCUUCACGUCCUGAUCAGGACACAGGACAGCACCAAUGCAAGCGGUACAGACAGCACUGCCGAGGCGAGGGAGACAAGCUUCUGAAUGACGCAUGCAUCUCGACGCUCGGGUCCGGCACCGGGCGCAGCGGCGGCGUUCGUCAUUGCAGUGCUGUGCUGUGCAGCCUCCCGUUGAUGUCCUCGCGUGUCGAGUCGCUGCCGUCCUCCCUCAGACCUAGCGAAGGAUCUCAAUUCUCAAGGGGUUCUCCAUCUGGAAAUUGGAGUAGAGGGGGAGCGGAAGCCUCGGCGGGCUCGCCGUCGACGUCAGGGGUGGCCGCCGGCGACAGGAAGGGGAGCCGUUGAUCCCAAUAUUUUUCAGAAAGGCCAAUGCACCGCGAUGAUCGCGACCCAACUAUUUUUCGUAAAAAAAAUCGCUCUACUUUGGAUCGGCGAUCCAAAAUUAGAGGUACAUGUAAAUAGUUAUUUUCAGUUUUUCACAAAACCACCUACUUAUCAAUUUGAAAACAAAACCUGAAAUUGGAACCCAAA